AUGCACAAGAAGCACCCAAUCAUCCGCAUCGGUCCCAACUCACUUUCCUAUGGUGACCUAAAUGCAAUAAGAGACAUUUACGGGCACGGCACCAAGUGCUAUAAAGAUGUCUUCUAUCAGACAGAAGCCGGCUUACACUUCAACCUUGGGAAUGUCAUUGACAAACAGGACCAUGCGCGGAAGAGGAAGAUGCUCGCAGGCGCAUUCGCCAUGAAGAACGUGCAAGCCUGGGAGUUUAAGGUGGCUGAAAAUGUAGCUCAUUUUAUCGAAGCCUGUGACAAACAUUGCACUGCGCCACUACCAGAAUCCUGCCAGCCUCCCGACCCGAAAGAUCUGACGUUUGAUUUCCGCACGUGGACGAACUUCUUCACCAUCGAUGCAAUUGCCAAUAUUGCUCUCUCGGAGAAACUAGGUGUGCUUAGGACUGGGAACGAUCUCGUGUCCGCCCAGACUGUGGAUAACGUACAAUACGAAGUGAAAUUCCGGGAUUGUCUGCAUGCUUCCAAGAUAGCGCAUACGCGUAUUGCCUACGCAGACAAAUGGUAUUGGUUCAACAGCAAAUACGCAACCCGCCUAUUACCUUCCUAUCGAGAGCUGUGGAGGUUAAGCCAAGGUUGGAAUGACUUCGUGAACCACCAGGCAAGGAAACGUCUCGCUCGUUCAUUUGAGGAUGGGAAGGUAGACGACUUCUUCCAAUGCUUGAUGAAUAGCAAGGAUGGCAGUCCUAGAAGCCUCGAAUGGGGAGAAAUCGCAUCCGAGGUAGGCGUUCUAUUAGACGCCGGUUCUGCGACCACCGCAAUUGCUCUGAACAACGUAAUGUUCUGGUUGCUGCGAAGCCCCUCCUGUCUUGCCCGCCUGCAGGAAGAAAUCGAUGCUGCCCUUGACGUGGACACUAUCGUUGCACCCUACGACAAAGUGAAGCAUCUUCCCUAUUUGCGGGCCUGCCUUGACGAGAGCCUCCGCCUCACGCCCCCUUUCUCUUACAAUCUACCUCGUCGCACACCACCUGAUGGCGCAGUUAUACUAGGUACUCUUAUCCCCGGUGAUACGACUGUAUCUAUGUCAUCCUAUGUUGCACAUCGCGAUGAGCGGAUCUUUCCAGCACCUGAGAAAAUCAUCCCUGAGCGCUGGCUUUGCCUUUCAGCAGUGGUCCUCAAGCAUGCAUUGGACGGAACCUCACUUACUUGGAGCAAACUAUUAUGCUUGCUAGCGCUGUACACCGGUAUGGAUUUGCACUCCCACAUCCGGAAUGGGACCAGGAUCGGGUAG